AUGGAUAUGUCAAUACGCCCGGAUCCGAAUGCCGAAGAGCCUUACCCGGGCUGGGCUGAAGAGGAUAAUGGGUCGUUAUUGUUGGGCGUCAUGGGGUCUAUGACCGGCUUGGCCCUUGUCUUCGUGGUCGCAAGAAUAUACAGCCGUUUGAUUUCGUUAGGGAAGGUUGGGUUUGACGACUGCAUUAUCAUCCUCUCCGUCGUGUGCUCUCUUCCCUUGCCGGAGUUUACUCCGGUUCACCAUCCGCGAGCUGUCGCCAUAUCAUAUGGCUUCGGCAGGCAUACGGCCACAGUAGACCCGGAUGACGUCCGCCGCAUCAUUUACUACACCGCGAUUUCGUUUAUGCCUGGGAUAGCAUCGUUUGCUCUGCCCAAGUUCGCCGUGGUGAUCCUGCUUGCAAAAAUUCUCGACCCCGGCCGAUGGCAUAAAGUGGUCAUGUGGAUCAUCUCGAUAUUAUACGUCUUGCUGACGAUCGGCAUGCUUGUCGUCAACAUUGCCCAAUGCCAGCCAGUUGAAACGCAAUGGGGUGCGGCGGAGGGAAGAUGGGAAUUCACACGGCUGAGCCUAGGAGGCUAUGAGACUCUGCCAAAGUCAAUUGUCAUUGUCCCCCUCUUCCCUCUAGGAAUUAGCGCCGGAGCCAUCGCAUCCUACAAGUCUUACACUCUAACUGUGGUCCCCGCCCGAUCGGAUUUUACAUGGUCUGUUGAUGACCUCGUCCUCUGGACAAAGUGGCACCGUCAUUACCAUCGGAUCCCCACCCAAAAGCGAAGGCAACCUAGGGACCCUUUGGGCCUGUCGCAGCUUGCUACCCAGGAAAACGAGAACAAGAGCAAUGUUAUAGAGCAGCCCACAAUCCAUAUUAGCACUACAGAGAUCCAGGCAGAGGACACAGACCAGACGGUUAACACUGAACCCGCACAGCAGGAGCGGGAAGGACAUCACGAGGGCGGAGGGGGUCUGCGCCAACCACAGUCAUCACGAUUCCGCCAGCGAUGGCAAGAAAGUAGGAGGAUAGAGAGGGGAUAG